AUGCCUUGCCUUCUGCAUAUGUUAUCUGUUUUUGCUUUGCUCCGACAGGCCCCAAAACACCAUUGCCCAGCAAUCGUUCUUCCAUCCCGGAGUCCUGACUCUGGACAAAUGGGAGGGCAAAAUGCUGGAAUACAAUAUUACUCAAGCCAGCAGCACAACUGGAUACCUUCAUCUGCCCCAGCCACAACAAAACAUGUAUUUACCACAUUGGUCUCUACAGCUACUGUAGGUGCUGCAACCAUCCAACAGCUUGACCUCAUCCCCAAAGGCACACUGCUCCAUUGGCUCCCGAGACAGACUGAUGCCAACAAAAUCCUGUCAUUGUAA